AUGGGUAGUCGUGGAAGCAAGAAAAAACAACAAGAAAAACAAAGCCAACAAGAAGAACCAAAGCCAAUAGAGCCUAAACCAAAAGCAAAAACUCCGUCAGUUGAUGAAUCUACAGACGAUGAACAUGAUUCAGAUGAAGAUCGCCAUGAACGACGAAAUGAUAUUAAUGAUGAAGACGAUGAUGACCAAUUAUUAUUUCCUGUUGACAAUCAGCAUAAUGAUCCGUUAAAACGAGGUCAACCUGCGUCUUCAGUUGUUCCACAGAUAAACAAUGGACAUAAAAUGGGUAAUAAUGCACCUAAAUUAGAGAGUCCAGUUGAUGGUAAAAUUAUAAUUAAAAUGGAUGAUUACGAUGAUGAAGCUGUUAGAGACAAAAUUAUUUCAGAAAAGCGUCAUUAUCCAGGUUCUUAUGAUUAUCGACCUUAUCUUACAAUCGAAGAGACCGAUGAAAAGGAUAAUCGAAAAAAAAUUGAUUAUUAUACACAACAGUUUGUUACUCGAAAAGCAUCGGGUAUUUUACUUUCGCAUACUCCAUAUCCAGACUAUAAUGAUCUGCGACGUCGCGAACAACGUUUAAACAAACCGUAUGAACGAUCAUUGUUUGGUGACUAA